ACUCCGGAUCCCUCCCAGUUGCCCAGUGGGUUAGUUGGGUCUCAGCACUUUGAAACACUCCAUCAAGACCACAAGACAACCAAACAAAGUACCAGCCAUGAGCAAGUCCUACUCCUCCUCUGCCCAGUCCGCCUCCUCCUAUCGGCGCACCUUCGGCUCAGGCGUCGGCUCAACCCCGAUGUCCUCUCUCUUCUCCUCUGUCGGAGGAGGUGGUCGCAGCUCCUCGAGCCAGAUGUCCUCAAGAAUCUAUGAGGUGAAGAACACCAGUAUCCCCUCCUAUUCUAGCUACAGGGUUUCCUCUGGAGCUGGUGGAGCAGGCUUUGGUUCCUCUAAGGCGAUGCGUAGCUAUGCAGGCGAGAAACUCGACUUCAACCUGGCUGAUGCCAUGAACCAGGACUUCCUCAACACAAGGACCAAUGAGAAGGUCGAGCUCCAGCACCUCAACGACCGCUUUGCCAGCUACAUCGAGAAGGUGCGUUUCCUGGAACAGCAGAAUGCAGCGUUGACCGUGGAGAUUGAGAACUUGAGGGGCCGCGAGGGGCAUGGGCGUGUCGCUGAGAUGUACGAAGAGGAGAUGAGGGAGCUGAGGAGACAAAUUGAGGCUAUGUCCAACCAGCGGGCCCGAGUGGAGGUGGAGAGAGACAACCUGGCUGAUGACCUGCAAAAACUCAAGCUCAGACUGCAGGAGGAGGUUCAACAGAAGGAAGAGGCUGAGCACAACCUCUCUGCUUUCAGAGCCGAUGUAGACAAUGCCACUCUGGCCAGGCUGGACCUGGAGAGACGCAUUGAGAGUCUGCAAGAGGAGAUUGGCUUCCUGAAGAAGAUCCAUGAGGAGGAGAUCCGUGAGCUGCAGAGUCAGAUGCAGGACAGUCAGGUGCAGAUCCAGAUGGACAUGUCCAAACCCGACCUGACUGCUGCUCUGAGGGACAUCCGCAUUCAGUAUGAGGGCAUCGCUGCCAAGAACAUCGCAGAUGCUGAAGAAUGGUACAAGUCUAAGGUGUCUGAUCUGAGCCAGGCUGUGAAUAAGAACAAUGAUGCUCUGCGUACAGCCAAGCAGGAGAGCAUGGAGUUCAGACACCAGAUCCAGUCCUACACCUGUGAGAUCGACUCACUCAAGGGAACUAACGAGUCUCUGCUGCGCCAGAUGAGAGAAAUGGAGGAACGUACAGGCCGCGAGGCUUCUGGUUACCAGGAUUCUAUCAUGCGGAUGGAGGAGGAAAUUGCUAAGAUGAAGGAUGACAUGGCUCGUCACAUGAGGGAGUACCAGGACCUCCUCAAUGUGAAGAUGGCCCUUGAUAUUGAGAUCGCCACCUACCGCAAGCUGCUGGAGGGAGAGGAAAGCAGGAUCACUACCAAUGUGCCUGCACAGUCUGCUUAUUCCUCCAUUGGAUUCAGAGAGACCAGUCCUGAGUCACAGCACCAGCGCUCCUCAGAGCUUCACUCCAAGAAGACGGUGCUCAUCAAGACCAUCGAGACCCGCGAUGGCGAGGUUGUCAGCGAGUCCACACAGCACCAGCAGGACAUCAUGUAACCUGGAAAAAGGCAACUUUAGAAACGAUAUAAAAAUGAAUAGAAAUAUGAUACAAAAAAUGACAUUUUUCUACCACUACUAGUAGGAUUUAUAAGCUAAGCCUAUAUAAAGAAACAAUAUGUUGAACAUUUCAGCUAUGUUAAAAGGAAACACCAGUAUACAUCUUUAGACAACACACUGUAUACUUGAUAAACAACAAAAAUACAAAAUGAAGGCAUAGUGAACUGCCUUUAGCCUGGUUUUUAAUAAAGUUCAUUCCAGGGAUUAUACUUUAUUUGUUUUUCUUUCCUUCUUUGAAAAAAUAACAUGUACCUUGUCUGGAAAAAAAGUCACUGGCAAGAGUUUUAGAUUGACAACAAGGCCCAGCAUUCACUUGGAACUCCAAUGGGUCUGAAACACCAUCAUGAAAUGUAAAAGUGUAACAGAAUCUUUACUGCAAUUAUUCCAUGUCUCGCUGUGCAAACGUGCACGUAUAGAACUUGACGAAGAAGUGUUUUUAGUUGUGCAACAGAUUAAAGGAAAGUGAGAAGAUGAUCUUAGGCUUAAGAUGUGUCAGAAACACAAACAUGAAGCUAAUGGAAGAGGAACAGAGCGAUUUUUAAAGUUUGAGCCCAGUAGCAUGUGCAGGGUCUCUGAUAGUAUGUGUUUGGGUGACAUGUUAUGUUGCUUCACAGUGCUCAAAACAUCUCCAAAUAAAGACAUUUGUUAUCAUUAAA